AUGGGUGUUGUCAGCUCCAGAAACCCAUCAAAGAACCAGAAAAAUUACAUCGCCUCCAUAUCGAGUGAAAUGCAUGGCGAAAUAUUUAUGGGCAAUCCUGGCACGUUCCAAGGUACCUGGUUCGACUUUUUGAUGAGUGAGCUCCCUGGAUAUGGAGUGGCGGUAAAAGAGGACCACGCCCGAGCCUAUUGCAUCAGUGUCUGCCGACGAUACCACAAAAGAUACCAUCCCCUUCUGCCGCACAAUGAAGAACCCACCACUGAAGCCCUAGCAUUGGUGAAUGACGACGUCGCAGACCCCGAAAUGCCUUUCCCCGACGCGGCCAAACUAAGCCCACAACAGUUCUUGAAGGCUAUGGAGGAUUAUAAAACUUAUCAGGAUACCGUGAAGGCAUGCAACUUUCAAAUCGAAUGUUGGCUUCGAUACCACCACAAAGAAGCAAACACCAUGGCCAAGGAUGCCGACGAUCCAUACAACCACUUUCUCGCCCGCUUCACUGGCCAAUCGACUGCAAAACCCCGCCGGCGAACCCCGUACAACCUUUGGUGCGAAAUUCACGGCAAAGAUAUCGAACAGGAACUUGAGACGAUGGUCAAUCAGGAGGAGGAACGGGAUGAGUGGCUACAGAGGAGUGAGCAGGAGCAUGCAACUGCUAUGGAGGCAUGGAGGGCUGGAGGGAACGGGAAGGUACCUGAUGAUCUCCUCGACAUUCAGAAAUGCAUAGACCGCCUUCCUGAAUUCAUACAGCCAAUCAUCGAUAUUGUGGCGGAGUGUACGAGGGGAAACAUAUGUUCAGGAACAACGCCGGGUCCCCAUGGCCAGAACUUCGUCAAAGAGGAGGCGAAGUUAUACAACAAGCUUGUCGCACCAACAUUUUCUAAGUUCUUAAGAAAAUGCUACCGCCCCGACCAGUGUCAGGCCUUAGCUUUACCUGACGAUGGGGGGCUGGGGGCUCUGGGUUUGAUGCUAAGCGACUACGAAAAUGCCUUCGUGCAUCCGGCUGAAGACCCUCAAAAUCCAGAAGCUCAGCAAGGCGAUGUUUCAUCCUCCCAGCCACAGAUUAUCCCUUCAGAUGGGUCUAAUUACAUGCCACCAUCUGCUUCUUGCCUGCUGUCACCUACCCCCUCAUGUCCCAUGUCGCCUGCCCCCUCACGUCCUGCGUCGCCUGCUCCAUCUGCUCCAUCACGUGCUGCAACCCCCCCAGCUGCCUUGAAGCUGCCAUUCCCGCCUCCCCCUCCUAUUUCUCCACUGCCUCUGCCACCAUCUCCCUUUACCGCCCCAGGCCAGCUUGAAGCCGAACCAGGGCAACUGAGUCUCAGCAAGCGAACUGCUGAGGAUUCUCUGGGUAGCGGUGUCAUUCUUAAAAGAAUGAAGACGGAUGGAAGAGGCGGUGGUAAUCACAAGGGGAGCCUCACGACGAAAGUGGUAGAGGUGCCUGGAGGGACUGAGAAGGUUGUACCCCCCCUUAUCAGCAUCGUCUUCCUGUCUAGUGCACCCCUUUGGGCGACCCAAGUUGUCUACUCAUGGGUGGCGUUUCAGUCUGCGAAUGGUUUCGACAGCAGCGACAAAUUACCCGCCAACUACCGCCCCGAGUGCAAAUUUCAAUCACCCUUCUGGGCGUGGUGGGCGAAUCUUCAGCCUGAAGGCCGUGUGGGAGCAUAUGAGCACCCCAUCGAGGAUCUUGAACAUGAAGACGAUGGACGCCCCAUCCAAAUUCAUCCAUCGACGGAUAUUAGUUGGGAGUGCCUCAAGACUUGCUCAGGGAGAAAUGGUAUGGUCAGCGUUGUGGCAGCGCUGUUUUUCUGGGCUGAGGGGGCCAAAGUUCUUCCUCUCACAACUCAUCGUGAGAGGGCUAGAUCCAGUGAAGCCCACAGGGAGCUGUAUUUUGCUAUGGGAGACGUUUGCUAUGUGCUGCAGAGUUUGCUUGAUUGA